UUUGGGCCAUACGGAUGGCAGGCCACGCAUUGGCUCAGGCUCAAGACUUUGAUUACAUAUAUUGAAUAAUAUAUUGGUAUCCACUGAGAAUUGUGCGUUUCACUUGCUAAAUGCCUGCACCUUGUCGUUUGUUGGCUCUCGUUUCGUUUUACCCAUGAUGUCGGGACAUCGUCGUGCCUUCGCCGCGUGCUUCCUGUUUUUCAAUGACCUCCAGCUGUUUUUGUGUUAAUCCACGGAAUGAAAGAUAGUGAGCAAAUCCGCAAUGAAUGGAAUGAGGUUGCACGAAGACUGGCAGCAGCCUCCUUUCAUGUCUUGGUGCCAGAUUUUCACUCAGCUCCAUCGCCCCUCCGGCCUGGACGACUGAGCGGGGAGGUGGUCCGCGAGCUGUUCCCCACGCUGUGCACCAGGAAUCACAUGAUCCCCUCGCGGUACAAGUCCGUGAUCAGGCCCAAGGCCAUUGUGAUGGGCAAAUCUUGGGGAGCCAGGAUGGCAGCCGAGGUUGCAGCUUUGGAUGACAUUGUCGCCGUUGGCCUCGUGGUUCCUUCUUUAGGUGACCAGGAUCAGGCACAGUCACUGCUGUCAAAGAUUCAGGGCCGAGUGAUGGUUGGGUUGGUCGAAGAUGAUGAGGUCCUGGAUUUCGUAUCUACUCGAGAAAAGAUCAAAGGAGCGAGUGGUGGGCGCGAUUUCGAAUGGAUUGAAGUCAAAAGUGGUGGACAUCGAGUGGUGCCAGAGUUUGUGGCGCCAUUAGUUCAGUUCGCGGAGUCUGCAAGAGAGCUUUUUGUACAUGGUGGAGAACUUUAAUCACAGUGUCGCGGGCGUUGCAGAAACUGUUUAGCUGCAAAUGACCAACCCAUGUGCAUCAAAAGCAGAUGACUCAUGUUUUAGAGCUUUAACGUUAUGCUUGGAUGGCAGCACAAGUCUGCAAUGUAGACAUCAAAGUUGGAAAGAUACGAGCAGCUCGGAGGGCUGGCAGCAUCCCGUGCGUGGAAGCAGACAGCGGGCUCAGCGGACAAUGAAUUUGCCGGUAGGUUGGAUCCAACAUUGGAAUUCCUGGGCCCCAGCAAGAUCACUGGCAGCAAAAGCAAGACUGCCUGUUGACCCAGUAAGAAAGAGUUUUUCUCCACAAAACACGUUCAAAACACUCAGCGAUUGGACGGUGGACUUGGUUAGAUAGUGCUCUCAAUCUAUCUCCGGCCCAAGCGAAGCGGUUAGUGGCACUGCGGACUGCCCGGCAGAAUCUCAGGUCCACAGGACCGCUCCUUGGGAGCCUAGUGCCCUGUGAGAAAUUGGAUGGGCCAAAGGCAGAGUCUGCCGUAGAUGUGAGUAGAAAUUGAAUAGAACUCAAAAAAUCCUGGGACACUCAGCUUAUCAUAGCUGCUAUAUGCUGCUAUAUAUAGCUGUUGCUUUUCCAGGACAGCUACUUGCAAAAUCAUCCUAGUUGCCCAGGGUGCGUGAGUGGGCGAGAACGUUGUCCCAUGCUAGCAGCUGCUAGCAUGCACUAUCCAGAGCUGCACACCUUGCUGGAUGGCUUUUGGACACCUUGAUCACAUGGAUGGUCAAUGUUCUUCACUCUUGCUGGACGACUGGCACCUGAUCGUUGCCCUUCCACUGUGAGAUGAGAUGUGCGACAGCUCGAAUGUUCAGCACUAGCCUGCGUUGUUGUUCAAUGGCUCGAGUUUCGAGCUUGGGCUUCUUAGCCCGGCGAAUUGAUCCGAUCACUUCUGAAUCCUCAUCCAGCUACAUCUGGCUCCACCUCAGCUGCGAUCGUCGAAGCCUUCUUGUGCCAGUGCCUGUGACCUCCGCAUAGGCUAUAGGGCUUCCACAACCAUGGUUUUCUUCAAGAACCAUUGGAGGUUGCAGGGGAA